AUGAGGGAGACCAACUUCUGCUUCCCGCCGCAGAACAGGGCGGCGGUAUGCAUUUCCUCUCAGCUAUACGACAGGAGAGCGCUGGAUACGAACAGCGCGCUCCCCCUGCACAACUCGCUCACCCAUCUGGGCUACCUGACCUCGACCUCGCCCCGAAUACGGGAGAUCAUGACCAUGGACGGCGGCCUGGAGCGCCUGAUCCGGAUCCUGCACGACUUCUGCCUCUCGCCCCCGCCGCCCGAGAACCCGAACGUCUUCCACGGCCUCCUCCCGCCCAACUACCGCCCGCCCAAACCGGCCCCCGCACUCAACCCGCGCGUGUACGACCGCGCCGCCGCGGCCCGCUUCAGCCUCGCCUUCCAGUGCGUCGUCAAUAUCGGCGUGCGCGGCUCGGAGCCGAUUCGUUCCCGCGUCGUCCAGGCAGGCGCGCUGGACGUCGUCGGGUGCAUACUCGAGGCGUGGCUGUUGAGCAAGGGCUACUCGCUUGGGCCCAGCUCUUCGGCGACGGGUCUCCCGCGCGAGUCGCGUGAGCAGCGGCAGGCCAGGCGGCAGGCUCAGGCCGAACAGCGCUCGCGCGAGCAGCGCGAACAGGCCGCUUUGUUGUCCCGCGCGCUGGAGCAGCAGCAGUACCAGCAGCAGAUGGCUCAGGACGCCGCGCGCGCGGAGCUCGGUCGCAUCAGGCGCACUCGCGCAAUCCAGCCGAUGGACUUGACGAGCGAGCAUACGAUCGUUCCACAGUCUCCGUCGCCCGCCAACGACGCCUCGGACCAGGAUACGUCCGCGGACCCGUCCGCCACGCAUACCCCCGCUGGGUCCAACACGCCCACGGGCACAGUCGAGGUCCCCGGCCGCGACCGCUCCGGAACCGUCAUCGCGCGCCCGGUCUGGGACCGCCACACUCAGCCUGGCGCAGGCCCCGUAUCCAUUCCUCUCACCGCUACCCGCCGCCCACGUGUCCGAGAACCACUCAACGACUCUGCGUCGACUUCACGCGAUACCUCCCGCCCAGAAACCGAAACAGAGGACGAUGGCGAGCCUGAGGCGGACGGAGACGUCGAUAUGGACGCCGACCGUGCGCGCGCAUCCGAUGGCUCGCCCGAACCCUCGACCCGCGUACGCCCUACAGCAGCCGUACAACCCUCUCCCCUCGUCCGCCGUGCAGUCGGAAUAGUCUCGGACGACCAGGGCGCGUCGCUCGAACUUGCUUCCGACGCCCACAUCAUUAUAUCCCAGGAUCCCGAUCUCAACGCGGAGGGUGUUGGCGUUCAAGAUGGACUUGUAAGUCUGGAGGCGAACGACGACUUUGCUAUGGGCGCACCACCUGGUGCUCCGGGUGCAAUCGAUGCCCCGCGUGCCAUCCGCCCUCCCGAUGUACCCCCCACCGUCCGCCGCGUGCGCGGCGGACCCGCAGCAUCCGACGCAACGCCCCGCGCGGGUGCAGCUACUCUCCCAGGCGAACAAACAGAGCGCGAAGACUCGCCCGGCCUCGUCGGCCCGGGCGCCCCGCUACAGCGUCCUGCGCCUCUACCCAUGACGAACAUCGACCGCCCAACCUUCGCGCCUAACGACCCUACAAUCCAGCCUCAACCGCAACCGCGCCGACACCACCACCACCACCAUCACGAGCACGAGGGGCCCUACCGCGACGAGGACGUGUUGCUGAGUUUGCAGCUGCUCGCGUAUUUGAGCAAGUACCCGCAUGUGAGGCAGGCGUUUUAUCAGCAGCGGACGAGCUUUCAUCCGGCGGCUGAGGCGGCGGCGCAGGCUGUUAAGUCGAGGGUGCAGGCGCAGGCGGGGAGCAGUAGCGCGAGCAGCACUGCCGCGCAGCCCGGCUCAUCGUCAGGAUCAUCCUCAACGAACUUCUUCAAAUCGCUCACCGCGCGCGGGAAGGAGAAGGAGCCCGUCGUCGUCGUACCGGAGGAUAAAGCGCAGGAGGGCGCGGGGGCGAGGAGAAUGACGAACGUGUUUUCGCUCGUGGAGAGGUUCACGUUCAGGGUGAACUUGACGGAGAGCGAGAUGCCGAAUCCGCCGCCGGCGAUGCCGCAGGAGAUUCAGUAUUGGGCGGGCGUGAUUAUGCGGAAUGCGUGUAGGAAGGACGACAGUCGGGGUGGGAUUAGGCAGUGCGCUAAUAUGCUGUGCGGUCGCUGGGAGCAAUACCCUCGGGAAUUCGCCAAAUGUCGUCGCUGUCGGAAGGCGAAAUACUGCGGGAAGGAGUGCCAAUCCACGGCUUGGUCGGAGGGUCACCGGUUCUGGUGUUCGGCGAAGGACGGCGACGACGAAACGCACGAGCAUGUUGCAGACAGCGCGUCUGCUCCUGCUCGUGCUCGUGUACGCGCGACGGCGGCGGCUGCACAGGGUGAUGCGCUCGUCGCGCGCACAGUUGCUGGUGCCGUAGGCGAGACUCCGCGACGUCGCGCGGAUACAAUGCCUGCGGGAAUCAUGGCGGGUGUAACGCCGCCGCCCGUAGCACGUCCACCGGGUCCUGCGCCCGACGCUCAGCAGCGCGAGCGCGAUCAGGGCUUUGUCGUACCCGUCCGCGAGGCGGAUGGCACCGUUGUUGGACCGCCGGGGGCAGCAGGGUCGGUGCUCAUGGACAUUGAUUGA